AUGCAUCAUACAAGUGCUGCCAACAUUGCACAGGAACAACGCCAAAAAGCACAUUCUGUUGCAGUACAUGGUAUAGGCCAUGGAGCUUGGGUUUGCUACAAGCUAAAGCCACGUAUUGAGGCGUCCGGCAUCCGGUUCAUGGCACUUAUCUUGGCUGCCGCCGGUUUCAAUGAGAAGAAAGUAGAAGAGUGGUGGCGGAUUGAUCGUGGGCAUGGAGAAGUACCUGGAGAAGAUUGCAAUGGCCGUGUUUUAAUCAUGCCAGACUCAAAAAACAGGCGCUCCUAUGUUUUAGAACAGGUAACAUUUAAGAACACCCAAAGAAUAAAAACGAAAAAUUAUACUGCCCAGUCUCAAAACUUAACGCAUUAA